AUGUCUACACCCAACUUUUCUACCCCACCGCCUACAUCCUUCUGGGUCAAUAUCUCCAGUGGCGAGGUGCUAAGCAUGGGGGACGCUGCAGUACCAGCCAAUUUCCUGGCACUCAGAGUUAUAGUUGCCCUAGCCUAUGGACUGGUGGGACUGAUAGGUCUCCUGGGCAACCUGGCUGUGCUGUGGGUGUUAGGUGGGUGUCAUCAAGGCACUUCACGUCUGAAGACUGACACCUUCGUUUUCAGCCUAGCUUUGGCUGACCUGGGGUUGGCCCUCACCCUCCCCUUUUGGGCAGCUGAGUCUGCCCUGGAUUUCCACUGGCCUUUUGGUGGCACUCUCUGCAAGGUGGUUCUGACAGGCACUGUCCUCGGUGUUUAUGCUAGCGUCUUCUUCAUCACUGCUCUGAGCAUAGUCUGAUACUGGAUAGUGGUCAUGGCUACUGGACCGGGUUCUUACUGCUCAUCCUCCUGUACCUUUGGGGCCAGCCUGGUAGCAUGGGUAACAGCGACUGCUGCAACAAUCCCCACAGCAAUCUUUGGGGCUGAAAGUGAAGUGGGUGGAAUUCAACUGUGCCUGCUCCGCUUCCCUAGUGGUCGAUGGCUGGGUGCUGACCAUUUACAGCGGGUCAAAUUGGCCUUCGUGGUGCCGAUUGUCCUUGCAGCAAGCUAUCUCAUGCUGCUGGCAUUCCUUCAGCAGCAUCCGCUAAGGCAGAGGAACAGAGUAGCCUGCUCUGUCCAGAUUAUUAUUGUGACCUUUUUCCUCUGCUGGUUCCCUAACCAUAUUGUCACACUCUGGGGAGUCCUGGUGAAGUUUGACCUCGUGCCUUGGGACAAUGCCUACUACACCCUUCACACCUAUGUCUUCCCCCUUACUAUUUGCCUGGCACACUGUAACAGCUGCCUCAAUCCUGUGAUCUAUUGCUUCCUGCGCCAGGAGGCCCGGCAGGCACUGAGCAAGGCCCUGAGAAGGCUACAGGCACAGUUACCUGGUGGGGGACAAGCCCAGCCAGAGCAAGUAGCCCUUCAAAAGAGGAGACAGCAGAAGGUGGGGCUUUCCACCUCUCACUAGCCUGGAUAAGAAAAAAAGGAGACCCUCCACCACAGAAGCUGUACCCCUCCCUUCCUAGCAUCUUUAGGGCACCAGACUCUGGCACCCAAGCCUGGGGAGGAGCUGUUCUGAGCCCUGCCAGGCCAUGUCACCUUGGGAUAUUUGAUCUUUAAUUCUCAAUCUCUCUGGGGUGGAGUAGAUAAAUCUGAGGGCCAAGGCAGGAUUGGAUGCCGAGAAGACCUACACCUCCAUAAGUUGUUGGGGUGAGAGGUGGGGGUAGA